AUGGUGCUGCGCUCGCAAUGGACUGCGCUGCUCAUUGCCUUCGGCAUUCUAAUGUGCCUUGUGAUGCCUGGAGCAUCUGUCAAGGAACACGACUUCAAGAAAUGCGACCAAUCGGGCUUCUGCAAGCGUAACCGAGCAUAUGCCGACAAAGCCACUACCGAAGGUUCACGGUGGCAGUCGCCCUACACAGUCCAGCCUUCUUCCGUAUCGUUCAAGGAUGGCCAGCUCCAUGCUGUCAUUCACAAGACCAUCAAUGCCAAUGGCGACACCGUCAACCUCCCGAUUACAGUCUCAUUUCUCAAGUCUGGGAAUGCCCGCGUAACGGUCGACGAAGAACGACGACAGAAGCAGGACAUUGAGCUGCGCCACGAUAGUAAAGUCAGAAAGGAGAGAUACAAUGAAGCUGAAAAGUGGGUUCUUGUCGGUGGCCUAGCUCUCGACAAGGAUGCCAAAGUGUCUCACCAGGACGAUGCACAAACAAACGUUCAGUACGGCAAGGAGGGCAACCUGGAAGCUGCCAUCAAGUACUCGCCCCUCGAGAUCGACUUCCGACGUGAUGGCGUAUCCCACAUCCGAUUCAAUGAUCGUGGGCUUUUCAAUGUGGAGCACUGGCGUCCCAAGAUCGAAAGGGAAGAGGGCCAAGAAGAAAAGGAUAGCGAGGACGAAUCAACUUGGUGGGACGAAACCUUUGGAGGCAACACCGACUCCAAGCCUCGGGGUCCCGAAAGCAUUGCCCUCGACAUUUCGUUUCUCGGAUACGAGCAUGUCUUUGGUAUUCCCGAGCACACUGGCUCUCUGUCACUGAAGCAGACACGUGGUGGGAGCGGCAACCACAAUGAACCCUACCGAAUGUACAACUCUGACGUGUUCGAGUAUGUCCUGGACAGCCCAAUGACCUUGUACGGAUCCAUUCCAUUCAUGCAAGCUCACAAGAAGGACUCUACUGUCGGUGUCUUCUGGCUUAAUGCUGCUGAGACCUGGGUUGACAUUGUCAAGUCCAAGGCCGCCACCAAUCCUUUGACGCUUGGAAAGACUGGCAAGACCAAUACCGAGACGCAUUGGAUCUCCGAAAGUGGGCUGAUCGAUGUCUUUGUGUUCCUUGGCCCGACCCCCCAGGAUGUGACUCGAACAUACGGCGAACUGACCGGCUAUUCUGCUAUGCCUCAAGAGUUCGCCAUUGGCUACCACCAGUGUCGAUGGAACUACAUUUCCGACGACGAUGUGAAGGAUGUUGACCGCAAGAUGGACAAGUACAAGAUCCCCUACGACGUCAUCUGGCUGGAUAUUGAGUAUCUCGAUGAUAGAAAAUACUUUACCUGGGAUCCCCAUUCGUUCGCUGACCCCACGGGCAUGGGCAAGCAGCUGGACGAUCACUCUAGACAACUUGUCAUCAUUGUCGAUCCGCAUAUCAAGAAGCUGGAAGGCUACUCCAUCUACGACGAACUCAGCUCACAGGAUUUGGCUGUCUACGACAAGGAGGGCAAACCCUACGAAGGAUGGUGCUGGCCUGGCUCUUCCAACUGGGUCGACUGCUUCAACCCCAAAGCUAUCGAGUGGUGGAAGACGCUGUACAAGUAUGAUAAAUUUGCAGGAACCGCAGAGAACACUUUUAUCUGGAACGACAUGAAUGAGCCGUCUGUUUUCAACGGCCCUGAAACAACCAUGCCCAAGGACAACAUUCACUUUGGUCAGUGGGAGCACCGUGAUAUUCAUAAUAUUAACGGGCUCACCUUCCACAACGCAACAUUUGAGGCUCUGAAGACGAGAAAGAAAGGCGAACUGCGCCGUCCUUUUGUACUGACUCGUUCAUUCUACUCCGGUUCGCAGCGUCUUGGAGCUAUGUGGACUGGUGAUAACCAAGCUACAUGGGAGCAUCUUGCUGCUUCGAUCCCCAUGGUACUGAACCAGGGUAUCUCGGGAUUCCCCUUUGCUGGCGCUGACGUUGGCGGCUUCUUUGGCAACCCUUCCAAGGAUCUCAUGGCACGCUGGUACCAGGCCGGUGCCUUUUACCCUUUCUACCGCGGACACGCCCACAUUGACUCUCGUCGCCGCGAGCCGUACUUGCUCGGGGAGCCUUACACUGGCAUUCUAACGCAGGCCUUGAGACUGCGAUAUGCCCUUCUUCCCUCUUGGUACACUGCCUUCUUCCAGGCCAACCGCGAUGGCAGCCCCAUUGUCCGCCCCAUGUACUGGACUCACCCUUCAGAGGAGGCGGGCUUUGCUAUUGACGACCAGCUGUUUGUUGGCUCGACGGGUAUCCUCGUGAAACCCAUUGUCGAGGAAAACAAGUUCUCGACUGAUAUUUGGAUUCCGGAUGAAGAAGUAUACUAUGACUACACCACCUACGAUGUAGUCAACACGCAAAAAUCCAAGCGUGUCACGAUCGCCGCUGCUAUUGACCAGAUCCCGAUGCUGAUGCGUGGUGGCCACGUGUUUGCUCGUCGCGAUAUUCCUCGACGAUCUGCUCUGGCAAUGAAGUACGACGACUACACACUCGUCGUGUCUGUAUCCAGGGACGCCACGGCCACGGGCGAGCUGUAUGCCGACGACGGCGACACGUUUGAACACGAAAAGGGUCAGUACAUCUACCGCAAAUUCAGCCUCGACAAGGACGGCAUGAGAUCGGUCGAUGCAGAGGGCCGAAGCGCCAAGUCUGUCAAGGCGGGUGCUUGGCUCAAGGAGCAGAGCCGGGUGCACAUCGACAAGAUUGUUAUUGUGGGUGCGACGGACGCGUGGAACAGGAAGGAGGCUGAGAUCGAAUCGGACGGUAAGACUUGGACGGUGCCGGUAGACUACCACGAGGCGGCCAAGGGCCGAGCUGCGUACGCGGUCGUGGGCCGCGUUGGGGCUAAGAUCAACAGCGACUGGAGCAUCAAGCUGGCAUAG